AUGGCCGGCGCCGCCGCCGGCGUCGACGUGCGCGGAUUCGCACCCGGCACCCGGGAGACCGACGCCAUCCGGCCCGGCCGGAGGGUGGGACAGGCUCACGGCAUCCUGUUGACCGGUGGCAGCGCCUUCGGCCUCGAUGCAGCUUCCGGCGUCAUGCGCUUUCUCGAAGAGCACGAUGCCGGGUUCGGCACGGCCCACGGCGUCGUGCCCAUCGUCCCGGCCGCCGUGAUCUACGACCUGGGCGUCGGCGACCCGCGGGUCCGGCCCGACAAGGCCAUGGGCUAUCGCGCAUGCAAGGCGGCCACCGAUGCGCCCGUACCCACCGGCCGGUCGGCGCCGGAACCGGCGCUACCGUCGGCAAGGGUCCAGGCCUGCGCGCCGCAGACGGCGGCAUCGGCUCGGCCUGCGCCAAGCUGCCCAACGGCGUGGCCGUGGGCGCCCUCGUCGUCGUCAAUGCCGUCGGCAACGUGGUCGAUCCCGCCACCGGCGAAGACCGUGGCCGAUGCCCGCGACGGGAAGUCCGGGCGCUUCGUCGACGUGACGCCGAGCCUACGGCAUGGCCAUGCACCAAGGUCGCCGGGAACCAACACCACCAUCGGCGUCAUCGCCACCGACGCGCCCUGUCCCGAGUGGAAGCGAACAUGGUAG